AAAACAUAGGUAGAAGGUCUUAGGCAAUAUUUUGUGCAGUUGCUUAUUUUUAUGUAUUAACUCUUGCGCGUCCUUCAUUUUGUUUCUGUUAUAGACGCGCUAUAAACAUCCCUAGUAUUCCCCGUGACUUCAGUUAUGAAGGGCCCGAGCACCGACAGCGGCGAGAUGGACGUAAUGGACGAGAGUGCUACGUCACCCGCCGAUCCCAACAGCGACGACCUACCACCGUACCUGCGUGAAGAUCCACCAGAAGAUUUGGACAAGGACCAUCCAAAGAGUGAAGGGGGUGUGGUCUGGAAAAUGACAGGCGGCCUCUUUAACCUGACCAAAGGAGCAGUGGGUGCCACUCUCGGAGGAGUGGCCUGGGUGGGCAGCAAAAGCUUCGAGUUGACCAAAGCGGCCGUGACGAGCGUCCCGGCAGCUGGGGUGGGAUUGGUCAAGGGCAGCGUCUCUGUGGUAACUGGCGGAGUCGGCGCAGUCGGGUCAGCCGUGGCCGGUAAAGUCACGACGAAGAAGAAAGACAAAUCAGAUUAGCAUGGCUCGACGGCUUGUUGCACGUUUACUUCGACAUUUCCGUUACUGUCUGAGCAGGUGUGCGGUCACUUGGUGGGGUCUAAGCAUUACCAAACAGUACAAGACGCUGAACCUGAUCUGCUUUGCUGGCCGAAGUUGCCCUCUUGUGCCUCACGUUACAAACACAGUUAGCACUACAAAAAUAAAAGGCAAAAAGGGGCAACUUCUGCGUUUACUGCUGGUCUGCGUCUGAUGAUUGAGCUCUCCUACUGUUUAUUUGUCUGAUAAGAAAAUGUUCUGUAUUGUUUGUUUAUUUUUGCUUUGUAAUAUUAGCGCUGACGGACACGACUUUGAGGAGACAUAAAAUCACACAUCCAUUAUGAAUUAUACAUCCAGUCUUUAAAAAAAGAAGAUCAAAUGUGAAUUUAUGGUGUGAUUGUACAUUAGGACCGAACAGUGUGAAUCUGAGUAUUACUAGAUUUCUCUCUCUCUCGCUCUCUCUCUCUCUCUAAAAAUUUUCAGAUCCCAAUCCUGCAAUGCACCUUUUAAUCCUGUAGCUGAUCAUUUUCAUGAAAAAAAAAAAAAAACCUGUAUCUGUUCCAUACACAUCACAUUUAUUGUCUGGUAUCUUCAUGCCUUUGACUGAAGGAAGGAAUAUCGGGACACUGUGUUUAUGUUUCCUGAAAUCCCGCUGAACCGCAAGAGACCAGUGCUGUAGGAUUGUGAAAAAUAUAUAUUGGGAUAUUUUACUUUUAGGUUUGUGAUGAAUGAGUACGAGACGCAGAAUGUUAUUUCUAGGCUUUUCAUCAGUCAUAGGGAAAAAAAGAAAAGUCACUCCAGACAUUUUCAUAUUACAAUAAUUGUCUAAACGUUUAUUUUGAUUGUUGAUAUCAUGCUAUCUGCACCUGCGCAGACUUAGUAAGCUGACUAGCAUGGCUGAUGGCAAGCUAGCUAAAAAAUAUAUAUAUAUAUAUUUAGCUAGAAACACUGUAUUGCCAAAAGUAUUGGGACACCUGCCUUUCCAUGCACAUGAAUGUAAUAUGGAGUUGUCCCGCCCUUUACAGCUGUAACAGCUUCAACUCUUCUGGGAAGGCUUUCCACAAGGUUUAGGAGUGUGUUUAUGGGAAUUUUUGACCGUUCCUCUAGAAGCACAUUUGUGAGGUCACACUGAUGGUGGACGAGAAGGUCUGGCUCACAGUCUCCACUCUAAUUCAUCCCAAAGGUGUUCUAUGGGGUUGAGGUCAGGACUCUGUGCAGGCCAGUCAAGUUCCUCCACACCAAACUCACUCAUCCAUGUCUUUAUGGACCUUGCUUUGGUCACUGGUGUACAGUCAUGUUGGAACAGGAAGGGGUCAUCCCCAAACUGUUCCCACAAAGAGCAUGAAAUUGUCCAAAAUGUCUUGGUAUGAAGCUGAAGCAUUAAGAGUUCCUUUCACUGGAACUAAGUGGCCGAGUCCAACCCCUGAAAAGCAACACCUGAAUUCAAUGAUUUGGAGGGGUGUCCCAAUACUUCUGGCAAUACAGUGUAUGUGACAUUUUCCUGUUAAAAGUAGUUGUAUGUAAAGGCGUUCUAAUUACAUGACCCACAGAUCUUUAGUUCAGUUAGUAAAUCUGCAAGUCUCUCCCAAAUACAAUCCAUUCGUUCCAAUCACAAUUCCAAAUUUACAUCUCCGCGGUUUUCCGUGCGAUCAGGAAUCGUAAAUGAGGUGCGUUUAUGAAUCCAACGCUUCCAGCUCCAACACUUUUGUUGUUUUGUUCACGAGUGUUUUAAAAUCUUCUAACAUUUUAUCAUUAAACAGCAGACUGCUACUAGGAACUACUUUUACCAGGGAUGUUAAUUAGCUCAGACACAUGCUUGGAAAAUUCCAGAAUAAUGAAUAUCAAGAACGUGAAUCGGAGUGUAAUAGAGCGCAGUGCUGUUUAGUGCUAACCAAAAAGUGCAACGUCACCAUGAAUUUAAACAUGCAAAAAAAAAAAACUGAAGAUGCUUUUCAGACUCAAAUAACAUCUUUAUGUAUGACAAGGGAGCUCCACAGCUCAUAACCAAAAUGCUACCCAAAGACUUUCUGCCUUUUGGUUUCAUUCCCCAGAGACGUUAUGAGGAGAGGAGAAAGAUUCAAGCACUGUUUUAUUUUCCAGAUCCUGCAUUAUUGCAGCUAACUGACGCUGUUUAGUCUCGGUUCUUCAGCCUCCUGUAAAGAGCGAUGUCUUACCCGGUGAUAGCUGAUCCACCUAAUGUCAGUUUGGGGGAUUUUUUUUUGAUUUUUUAAAAUAUAUGAUCGAUGUCAUUUGUAACCGAAUUAAAACUCUAGAUGUAUUCAGUUUAGCUUAUCAUAAAAAAGCUUGCCAGAUAUUUUUAUUUGCACAAAUAAUUGCUAGACACCUAGUGUGAGAUCUUGUGUCUGCGUUCUGUCUGUUGGAGAUUUCUACUGAUACUCAGCUGUUUACACUGUGUAAAUAUUCAUCAUGGAUUCUGUAAUCCUCCUGAUACAAGUAACAGGAAAUGAAGAAAAAAAAUAUGAUUUUUAUAAAACGCCUAUGGUGAAUUAAUGCUAAAUAAAAGGUUAAGGCAGUGAGCUGACACUUUUUACUCACGGUUACUCUGAUAAAAAGCGAUCACUUGCCUGGUGGGCUAGGUAACACAUCCCGGCACCACCAAACUACCACUGCUGGGCCCUUAUGCAAGGCCCCUAACCCUAUUCUGUCUCAGUUGUAAGGAAUGAGGUAGAAGCUGAAAUCUCUGUUACGGGUCAACAUGCAGAUUUACGACUUCCUAAACUAUUGAUCUGUAAUUCGUUAAAUUGCGCCCGCCAUUACUUCUAACAGGAAAUGACCUCGAUGUGCAUCCCAAAAACUGCUCAUCAACAUCACCAUCACGUGUGGGAUAUUGUGUCACGUUUUUUUAUCAGCAGAUUCUGUCCUGGCACGUUUACAGGACCCCACACUGACCCUCUGUAACUCUGGACCCUGUGUAAUACUGAAGAGAAAUUAGUUUGGGGAUUUUUUUCAGUUCAUGGCUGUUUAGUUGGAUUUAAUUAAGCGUCUCGUCUGCGUGGAACAAAAUCCGUAAAGGUGUAAGAGAAAUCAGGUGGAGCGUGUGGAGGGAGAUGUAGUUACAGGAUGGGGGAAUGUGAGAGUUUAAAGCUGAAAAUCCAGCAGAAGCCCAUUUUUCUGUGUUUUCUAUCUACUGCAGUUUACAGAGAAUUUCUACAUGAUGUUUAUGUCACUGUCUCUUUCUUUCUUUCUUUCUUUCUUUCUUUCUUUCUUUCUUAUUAUUUAUCGUGUGUUAUUAUUUGCAUCUGCACAGCUCCUAGCUGCUCAUGGUGUGCUGCAUGCCCCUCCCUGCUCCGUGCCGGUCAGCUCACUCCUCCUCUUUAUCCAUCUCCAUCAUUGUGCUGAGUGACCUGUUUGUGUCGGAGGCUCUGUUACUCGAAACUGAACUGUAGAAAAGUCGAUUUUUUUGUCUAUUAUAGAACUAUUUUUGCUAAAUCGAUGCUGUAUUCUACGAUUAAAAGCAAUUCUGUAUUUUA